CAGAGAGCCUGAGGGAGUACUUCACCAAGUUCGGCGACAUCACAGAGGUCAUGGUCAUGAAAGACCCCACCACGCGACGAUCAAGGGGCUUCGGAUUCAUCACAUUUGCAGAUCCAUCGAGCGUAGACAAAGUUUUAGCCCAGGGCACUCACGAAUUAGACGGCAAAAAAAUCGACCCGAAAGUUGCGUUUCCCAGGAGGACACAUCCAAAGAUGGUGACGAGGACAAAGAAAAUAUUUGUUGGCGGGCUUUCAGCGCCAACGACGCUGGAGGACGUCAAAAAUUACUUCGAACAAUUUGGCCCGAUUGAAGAUGCCAUGCUGAUGUUCGACAAGCAGACCAAUAGGCACAGAGGUUUCGGCUUCGUCACGUUUCAAAGCGAAGACGUCGUCGACAAAGUGUGCGAAAUCCAUUUCCACGAGAUCAACAACAAAAUGGUUGAGUGCAAGAAGGCGCAGCCAAAGGAGGUGAUGCUACCAGCAAACCUGGCGAAGACGCGAGCAGCCGGCCGAGGUGCUUACGAUUUUAUGUGGUCCCUGGGAGCAUUACCAGAUGGUUUCCCAGCAGCGUACGCGGCAUAUGCGGCGGGCCGCAGCUACUCAGGCUACCCGAGCUUCGGACUACCCUAUCCAACAGGAGCGGUCGUUUACCGCGCAGUGGGACCAAGGGUGGGACGAGUGUCCGUCAGCCCGAACGGGGGUUGCACCGUGGAUUUAACCAAUGGACAGCUCACUCCGAAUAACAACACACCCCUGCUCACGCAAGCGCUUUCUGUGAUGAACAACUACCAAGCGGCAGCGCAGGCCGGCUUUCCACCGGCGUCGCCGCACGGAGCGGGUGGCCAUGGCGGACACCAAGGCCGCUCGUUCCCCGCCGCCAACUCGCCCGGGCCCAUGGACAUGUACAGUUCAAGCGCCGCGGCGGCGGCGGCCGCAGCAGCAGCAGACUCGGCGGUGGCCAGCUAUGUCCAGGCAGCCGCGAGCCCGCAGCCGCCCACCACCGCGUUUCCCGCGAUCGCCGUGUCGCGCGCUCCACUCAACUACAGUCCCGGUCCUCUGAUACCAGCGGCAUUCACUAACGGCUACCAUUGAGCCCUAUUACGACACAACAUCAGGAUGGACGAGUGGGCAGAGCGCAGCAUGGUCGACUGACGGCAUUAUACAAUUCGAGCAACGCGAGAGCAGCAAGAGCUCGCGAUUAAUUAAGCAAAAAAAAUAAAU